AUGAUUAAACAACAGCAACCACAACAACUUAAGACACAAAGCACCCCAGUCCUUCAAACCGUUACAUACGCCACAUAUGCAUAUAAUUCAAAGACGGCAGAACAAACGCAAAGGUUGAAAUAUGGAGAUUUGGAGAUAGUAUUGAAAAAUGACCAUUUCGAAUUCGUUUGCAAAGGUGGUGCAGUGAUAUCAAAUAUAAAAGAAAUUUUAUUUAUGAAUUCAAAAAUUAAAGGAAUAACGGAUGAUAUAACAUCAAUUCCACCAGAAGAACAGAGAUAUUACGCAUUAAAUGCAUUUCCUAAAGUUUUGAAGAUUGGAAGAUUUAAUUUAAAUGAGAAAUUCAUAGAAGGUUUCCUAAAUGACAUAAUGAAGAAAGCAGAUAAAACUUAUGUUAACGAUGAGUUAGAGAAGAAAGCGGAUAAGGAAUAUGUGGCUAGUAAGUUAGAGAAGAAAGCAAAUUUGGUUUAUGUUGAUGAAAAAGAUAAUGAAAUUAAAGAAAUGGUUGAAUGGUAUCAUGAAUGGACAUCGAAGAUUUUUAAAACUAAAACUGAUACAGGAUGGGUUUCAGGAUGUUUAGACCUUAAAGCGGAUAAAACUUAUGUUAACGAUGAGUUAGAGAAGAAAGCGGAUAAAGAACAUACACAUAACUUCUUCUCAACUGUUGCUAUAGAAAGUAUUGAAGGAACGGUUGAGGGAAGUGGUGGGGAUGCAUUAUAUUAUAAACCUCCUAACUUUCCACAAGGUUUAACAUCGGAUGAAAACAUAACAACGAAUAAAAAAAUUAAGUGUAAAAAUGUUUAUAUCAUGAAGGAUGAAAAUAAUGUUAAAUUCACUGUUCAAGAUUUAUAUGAUAAGAAGGCAGAUAAAACUUAUGUUAACGAAAUAUACCAAAGUUUGAAAGGAACAACAAAAAAUAUUGAAACUAUUGUUGGCGACUUUUCUGUCAAUGAAGAAAAUAAAUAUUUUAGAUGGCAGUUUGUACAGUCCUUAAAAAAUGGUAUACGGUGGAAACUCAUUCCGAAAAAUAACAAUGAAAUGUAUGUAAGCUAUAAAAAGAAUGAUGGUGCACAAGUUAAAGUUCCAUUAGACAACAACUGCUACUUAAACUUAUAUGAAGACGAACAAAAGGAAUAUUUAAGAGUUUAUGAAAUGGCAGAUAUGACAUUGCCUGACCCAGCUCCAGCACCAUAUUAUUAUGACUAUGGAGAUGACGACAGAACACCGCAUGUAGAUGAACAAAAGCUAACAUUAUAUUUAGAUUAUUAUAGAUAUAAAAGAUAUAAUGCAAUAGAAAAAACGAGAAUAGUAUAUUAUUAUACAGAUGACAGAAAUAAAUAUUAUAGUCAAGACUUUACCUACCCUGAAAACAUAAGAUUAUAUUAUAAAAAAUAUUCCGACACAAACCAGAAGAAACCUGAAAUAGUUGCAUUAUAUUUUAAGUUCAAAAGAGACAAUCCUAUAAUAUCUCAUAUGUUUGAUUUAAUGAACCCAGUAGGUUCUAUUUAUACAUCUAUGGAUGCAAAAGGUCCUCAAGUAAUGUUUGGUGUUGGUGCAUGGGAACAAAUAGUCGACAGGUUUUUGUAUUGUGCAAACUCUUCAAAGGAAACAGGAGGUUCGAAGAAAAUUAAAGAAGCAAACCUUCCACCACACACUCAUACAGGAACUACAAACUUUUCUGGCGACCAUAGACACUCAUUAAGAGAUCACCCAUUAUACAACUCAGAGUAUGAAGCUGGCAAUGACGUUUUAUCUCCAGAUUAUAACCAUUCAACAAAAAAGACUUUUCGACAAACUGAACCGGGAGGAAAUCAUUCACAUACUUUCACAACAAAUCCAACAGGCUCGGGUGAAGAUUAUAUGCCACCAUUUAUGACUGUAUUCGCAUGGUAUAGAGUUCAUUGA